AUGAGCCGCCCUUCGGCCGUGGUCCUGUUGGUGGGACUACCUGGCAGUGGCAAAACCAGCCUCUGCCAACAACUUGUUCAUCACCAACCAAUAUGCAGACACAUUUGCUAUGAUGAGCUGCUGGCACCUGAUAACAAUGAGAAGUGGAGGCUUGCGAGAGAUGGUGUACUUCAACAAGUGGAGGAUAUUCUACGACAUCAUGAAAACAGUUCUGAGAGGUUGGUUCUUCUUGUUGAUGACAACUUCUAUUACUUAAGUAUGCGUCGAAUGUACUACAAGAUGGCCAAGAGACAUUGUAUUCCGACAUGCAUUAUUUAUUUGCAAUGCAACAAAGAUUUGGCUAUUCAGCGCGUACACCAAAGAAAAUCAGAAGGCGGAUUAUUUGUCGAGGAGAAUGUUAUAAUACAGAUGGCAGAAAAAUUGGAGCCUCCAGCUAAUCAUUCAUGGGAAAGUUUUCAUCUUCUUCUCAAUGCAGAGAUUGAGUUCAACCCAACAACAAUCUGGGUAGCUCUCGAGGACUUGAUUGACUCUGCCUCAAAGUCAAACCUUUUUAGCAGAUCCAGUCCUGAAACACCAAACACCGAAUUGAGCACACCCUCUUACUCAGAAACUUGCGACCUGGCCUUGAGAAACAUUAUUUCUUCAGAAAUGCAGAGUGCCCGAUCUCGAGGGUUAUCAACGCCUGAAAUGUCCCAACUGGCCCAACAGCUCAACUCUCAGCGGAAACUUCUGCUCAGACAAAUUGGUGAUGCAUCAGUGACUGAAGUAGUGGACCAGUUUAGACUGUGCUUGGACAAAAAUAGUAGUACUGUGCAUGCAGAGUGAUAAAUCUUAGAGAUUGGCCCCGGGAGUACCUUCUGGAAUAGCAACGAUGGAAACCCUUUGCGGAAGUAUCAGCUGAUACCACAGUAUCCGCAUUUCUGCUAGGGCGAGUGGAUCUUCUACGAUUUUAAGCGAUUGACCCAUCGGCUCAUCUCGAAGGAAAUACUUUUCCUGUAAUUUGGAAAGUUUUUUUUACAAUUUUGUGCCAAAUACGUAAAACUAUUUGUUUGUGA